UUGGCACACAAAGACAUGGUGAAAAAAGUACAAGCAGCAAAGAAGAAAAAGCGGAAGAAAGUUGUUGAAACAAGCUCAGAACAAGAGACAAGUGAAGAAGAAGACAGCAAAGAGGAGGUCAACGAGGACGAGCAGUUGAGGCCAGAGUGUUUGUCACCGGAGGAGUUGGAGAAGCUGAAGGAGGCAGUGGAUGAGAGGAAGAAACUGGUCCAGAGUCUUAGGGGAAAACCCUGGCCAAUGAAAAAGAAACUUGUCACUUUACGAGAGUCUCAGGAGUUUGUGGAGAAAUAUGAGGGAGCUUUGGGGAAAGGGAAAGGCAGGAAGCUCUAUGCGUACAAGGUCAUGAUGACGAAGAGGUGGAUGAAGUUCCAACGAGACUUUGAAAAUUUCAAAACCGCCUGCAUUCCCUGGGAGAUGAAAAUAAAGGAGAUUGAAAGUCAUUUUGGCUCCUCGGUAGCCUCGUACUUCAUCUUCCUGAGGUGGAUGUAUGGCAUCAAUAUGAUCUUAUUUGGUCUGACCUUUGGCCUGGUUAUGGUGCCAGAGGCAUUAAUGGGGCGACCCUAUGGCAGCAUCCCCAGAAAGACAGUUCCCAGAGCCGAGGAGGCCGGUGCCAUGGACUUUGCUGUCCUGUGGGAUUUUGGGGGUUAUGCUCGGUAUUCUGUCCUCUUUUAUGGAUACUACAACAACCAGCAUGCCAUCGGCUGGCUCAAGUUCCGCAUGCCUCUGUCAUAUUUCCUAGUUGGUGUGGGAACCGUGGCCUAUAGCUAUAUGGUUGUCAUAAGAACGAUGGCCCGUAAUGCAAAUGAGUCAGGGGUUGGAGAUGACAACAGCUUCAACUUUUGUUGGAAGAUGUUCACUAGCUGGGAUUACCUGAUAGGAAAUGCUGAAACGGCAGACAAUAAGUUUGCGUCUAUCACCACUAGCUUCAAGGAGGCAAUCCUAGAGGAGCAAGAGAACCAGAAGGAUGACAACAUCCAUUUGACUCGUUUCCUACGGGUGUUGGCAAACUUCCUGGUCUUGUGCUGUCUAGCAGGAAGUGGAUAUCUCAUUUAUUUUGUGGUGCGGCGCUCUCAGAAGUUUGCCCUGGAUGGUCUGGAAAAUCACACCUGGUGGGAAAGAAAUGAGGUGAACAUGGUCAUGUCACUGCUGGGCAUGUUCUGCCCCAUGCUGUUUGACGUCAUCAGCACCCUGGAGAACUACCACCCUCGUGUUGCCCUGCAGUGGCAGCUGGGUCGCAUUUUUGCCCUCUUUUUGGGAAACCUCUACACCUUCAUCAUUGCUCUCAUGGAUGAGAUUAACCUGAAAAGAGAAGAGGAAAAGAUAAUUAAGUUUAACAUAACCAUGUGGGAAGCCAGUCUUUACAACGGCACAGCAUCAGAAAACUCCACCACUCCACUCAUCACUAUCCACCCUGCUGAUGUUCCCAGAGGGCCCUGCUGGGAGACCAUGGUGGGGCAGGAGUUUGUCAGGCUGAUAAUAUCUGAUACAAUGACAACUUACAUCACGCUGCUGAUUGGGGAUUUCCUGAGAGCUGUGCUCGUCCGAUUCCUUAACCACUGCUGGUGCUGGGACCUUGAGGCUGGAUUUCCAUCCUACUCUGAGUUUGAUGUCAGUGGGAAUGUCCUGGGCCUUAUCUUCAAUCAAGGAAUGAUAUGGAUGGGUGCUUUUUAUGCCCCCUGCCUGCCUGCCUUGAAUGUCCUGCGGCUCCACGUGUCCAUGUACCUGCAGUGCUGGGCUGUGAUGUGCUGUAACGUGCCGCAGGAAAGGGUCUUCAAAGCUUCGGGCUCCAAUAACUUCUACAUGGCUAUGUUACUGGUCAUCCUCUUUCUGUCCACUCUGCCUGCCAUCUACACCAUCGUCACCAUCCCACCUUCCUUUGACUGUGGACCAUUUAGUGGCAAGAACCGCAUGUUUGAUGUGAUCCAUGAGACGUUGGAGUCUGACUUCCCUGCCUGGUUUAGUAAAGUGUUCAGUUAUGCAUCGAACCCUGGGCUGGUGUUACCCUUUAUACUGCUAAUGGUACUGGCUAUUUAUUACUUGCAUUCCACAUCCAAAAGCUACAAAGAAGCUAAUGUGGAACUGAAGAAAAAACUACAACUGCAAAACGAAGAAAACAAGAAGAAGAACAAACGAGCAGCACUGAAGGCACAAACGGAUCUGGAGGAAGCCAGAAAAACAACAUCACAGGCUGCAGAGCGUCAAAAGAACAACAAUGCUUCACUAAGAAGUCAGGAAGAAUAUGAAGAGAAUUAUGCCAAAAGUCAGAGGUUGUGUCACAGUAAGAACGGACGUAACCCUACUUUCUCUGGUGAAGACAGACAACACCAAGUUACAGCCAGAGUCUCGAGGAACUAUCACCAUGGCAACCACGAGACCCAUGGAUACCUGCCUGGUUUCUCCCAGCAAAGUGAGCCCAGGAUAUGUAGGGUGCCGAGCUUGCAGAGACACUAG